GACGGGGCGGCCGCGGCCCCGGCACGGAGCGGGCCCAUGGAGCCGGGCCGGCAGGCGCUGCCGCUGGAGAACGCCUCCAUCCUGUCCGAGGGCGCGCUGCAGGACGGGCACCGCCUCUGGAUCGGCAACCUGGACCCCAAGAUCACCGAAUACCACCUCCUCAAACUGCUUCAGAAGUUUGGCAAAGUGAAGCAAUUUGACUUUCUCUUCCACAAGUCUGGUGCUCUGGAAGGGCAGCCCAGGGGUUACUGUUUUGUCAACUUUGAAACCAAACAGGAAGCAGAGAAGGCGAUCCAGUGUCUCAAUGGGAAGCUGGCCCUUUCCAAGAAGCUGGUGGUGCGGUGGGCACACGCGCAGGUCAAGAGAUAUGAUCACAAUAAAAAUGAGAAGAUCCUUCCAAUCAGUCUGGAGCCAUCUUCCAGCACGGAGCCACCCCAGUCCAACCUAAGUGUCAGUGCAAAGAUAAAGGCCAUUGAAGCCAAGCUGAAAAUGAUGGCAGAAAAUCCAGAUGCAGAAUAUCCUGCAGCACCUGUUUAUUCUUACUUCAAACCACCAGAUAAGAAAAGGACUACUCCUUACUCCAGAGCUGCCUGGAAAUCCAGAAGAUGAUGCUUGUGAAUGGAUGAUGGUAGCAAGAAACACUGCUUUGUAUACCUGGAGUCCUCCAAUGCUUUUGUACUUUUGUAGAGUGGGAAGGACAGUGCCACCUGAGCAGGGCACGGCCAGCACAGCCCUCUGCACACCUGAGGGUCUGCACGUUCUGCCUGUGCAGCUCACAGCUGAAGGCUGUUGAGAGAAAUAGGUUCCCUUCAAAGCCUCUGAUGAACACACAGGCAACCUCUCGUUAGUGUGCAUUCAUUAGCCAGAUUAGGAACAGUAACCAGCGUUGGGAGUAAUGCACAUCCAAAAAUACUCCAUUUAACUGAUUACUUUUUAAAGUAUUUUUGAACAAAAUGUAUUCCAAUUCAUGUUUUAAUGGAAGGGGAAGCACUUGGUUUUGAUUAACAUGCUGUAGUUAUAAUGGAAAAACUUUUUCAUCUCAAUAAAACUCAUUUUAAAUAGAUCUUGCAACACCUUUAGUAACUGUGCAUGCAAUAUUUUAUAUGCACCAAGGCUAAUUGAUUUUGCAUUUUGAUUUGCACACUCCACAAUGUUACUUUAUGACAUGGUAAUGACACAGCACAGGUAUUUUCAGUGUCAUUUAGGCUGUAGGUGUGUGCCUGCCUGUAGAAAUUAGUGUAUUUACACAUCACUGAGGUCUGUGCUGUGCCCUGAGCUUUGGCAUUUGUGUGCAGGGAUCCCUGAUGGUGGCAGCUCCUCAUGAUCCGGGUGUGGCAGUGUGGGGGUAACUGCAGCCUCUGAGACAUCUGCAAGCCAUGAACUCGGUGUUUGCCCCCUGUCCUGCCCAGCUUUGGUUUCCACAGGCUGGUACAGGUGGUAUGAGGUGGCACCAGGGUUUGUGGGGAACUGGCACUGCCCCAGGGCCAAAUCCAGAUCUGAUGGAAGGCAUUGCU